UGCGUAUAUUGAUUCGGUAGCUUUCGGAAGCUUCUGCUCUCUUCGUCAGCCGUGCUUUAAAAUGCAUUAAAAUACAAGACAAUACGUCUCAAACGUCUCAAAUACCUACCAAAAUACAUACCACCACGAGGUAUGUAUCCUGCUCACGAUCAGUGAGCAGGAGACCGGUGGCCAGGAGACUGGUAAGCAGGAGGACAGACAAGAGACCGGUGAGCAGGAGGAGACUGGUGGACAGGGGGAGGACAAUGGAGAUAAGUGGGUGGUCAAUCUGUCUGGGGUAAGCCUAAGUGACGAUGAGGUCAGUGUGCUACGUAAAGGGCUCAAUUUUGUACCGACGCCGACAAGCGUUCCAGUCGCGGAUUUUGUUUCGGCGGUCGAAAGUGUGUGCCGUUCAGACGAUGUAACACCGGAUGUAGCGAAUAGGCUUAGAUUCGAGGUCACCAAAGCUCUCAAUUCCUUCCGUCCCCCGCAAAGCAAAAAUCUCAGUAAGGGGGAGUGGAAAGCGUUACGUGACCUACAAGAUAGGCAAGAUAUUAUGAUUUUACCUGCAGAUAAGGGUAGAUCUGUAUGUGUGAUGACCUGUGAGCAGUAUCAAAGUAGGUUAGAAACACUAAUAGGGGAUCACGACACGUACACUGAACUGGAUAGGGACCCAACCGGUAGGUACACACGAGAGGUAAGGGGGGCGCUAAAGGACUUAGAACAACAGGGCAAAUUGGACAGAAAAACGUAUCUAAAACUGUACCCGUCGGACCCGACUCCGCCAUUGCUUUAUGGGCUACCGAAGGUGCACAAGCAGGGCGUUCCGCUACGUCCCAUCGUGUCUAGCAUAGGCAGUGUAACGUACCAGCUGUCCAAACAUUUAGCUAGCAUAUUAUCUCCUCUGGUAGGCAAGUCUGAACAUCAUGUCAAGGACACGGCGAGUUUCAAAGAGAGUUUGCGAGAUGUUACGCUCAGUGACGAUGAGACCAUGGUUUCUUUUGACGUCAAAGCGCUGUUCACAUCGGUACCGACAGAGGCAGCAUGUGAAGUAGCACGCCAGAGACUCGAAGAAGAGUUUUUGGAUGAGGAAAGCAAGGUAAGAGCGGAAACAGCACUGGAGGUCGAGGAUAUCAUAAAAUUGUUACGGCUCUGUUUGGGUACUACUUACUUUAGGGUUAACGGAAAGUUCUUUAAGCAAAAGUGGGGCACGGCCAUGGGGAGUCCAGUGAGCGUUGUGGUGGCCAACUUGUUCAUGGAAUCGUUCGAAUCCAGUGCACUCCAGUCGUUUCCACACCCAGUGAAACUGUGGAGACGCUACGUAGAUGACACGUUCGUGAUCUUAAAGAAAGAUCAGGUAGGUGAACUACUCGACCACCUCAACGCUCAGCACGAGAGGAUUGAAUUCACGCUCGAGGAGGAAAAGGAGGGAUCCUUACCUUUUUUGGAUGUAAAGGUACAUAGACUGGGAGGGGGGACCAUGAAGACCGAGGUCUUCAGGAAAGCAACUCAUACGGACAAAUACCUUCACUAUGAAUCACACCACAGCUCACAGCACAAGGCAUCAGUCCCACAGACACUUUUCACACGGGCAUCACGACUCACGACAACACCUGAGGACGAGGAACGCGAGACAGGGAAGAUAGAACGGGCACUGGUGAGGAACCACUACCCAAAGCGAAUGGUGCGCCGUAUCCACAGGCGGGUAAAAAAUAGAGAACGACUACGCAUGGGAGAGGGUGGUGGUUCUGAACGGGUAGGCAGGGAACAGGAGGAGGACAAACGGGUUUAUGUAAGCAUCCCUUACAUCCAGGGGGUGAGUGAACAGGUCACGCGCGUCCUCCGACCCUACGCGAAGGUCAGCACGAGACCUGCAGCGAACCUUAGUGCUAGGCUCGUCAAACCCAAGGACAAAUUAGGGAUCAAAGAGAAGGCUGGGCUGGUCUAUCAGUAUAAGUGCCAGUGCGGGGAACAUGUCAACUCCAGCAUGACGUGUUCCCAGUGUACCUGCAUGUAGUUUCUUUAUUCCUCAGCAGUUGUC